AAUAACAAUAAUGUUUGGUUUAUAUUAAGACGAUCGUGUUAAUGUUAGAGACAUCGUAUCAUUCUCUCUCGAUCUAACGAACUCUUUUGAGUGCCUUGAUCUGUCGUUGCCUGCCUCUGAUCUCUUUCUCCGGUUCUCUUAUAGAUCAUCCGAUAACACAUGGGCGCAACCAUCUCGACGUUAGCAGGUAAUUAUCCACCGGAAAAGUGCUCGCCGGCAAGUAAUACCUCUAGAAGACAUGAUGAUCUGAUGGCAAAUUCCAACAGAACCAUGCAAACUUCCACUGGGACUGAAGAUGUGGAAGAAAUUGCAUCUUGGAUUCAAGGAAAGCUUUCCGAAAUGCCUCCACCACCAUCUCAUGAGUGUUCCAUAUUUAGAGUUCCAAAUGGACUACGCAGGCAUAAUGAGAAGGCUUUCGUCCCACAAGUAGUUUCAAUCGGUCCAUUUCACCACGAGAACAAGGAGUUAAAAGGAAUGGAAAAAAUCAAGCUAUGGUAUUUAAAAUGCCUCCUCAAUCGAGCACCUGCUGAGGAAACAGUAGUUAGCUUGGUUUGCUUGGUAAAAGCCGUCGGAAGUACUGAGCAGGAUUGUCGUGAGUCUUAUGCAGAAGAGGUAGAUGUUCCAAGAAAGAAAUUCAUAGAGAUGAUGAUCCUCGAUGGUUGCUUUAUCCUCGAAUUCCUCUGCAGAUAUCAAAAGGACCUGAUGGCAAUUCGAGGAGAGGAAGCUCUCGUGCCUAAUACUUCAUGGAUGCCCAGAAAAAUAUUAACAGAUUUGCUUCUGCUUGAGAAUCAAAUUCCUUGGUGCGUGCUCGACUGUUUGUUCAACCUCAUGCCCUACUUGAAAACUGAAUCGUGCUCCCGACUUGAUGAUCUGGUUUCCUCUUCUCUUUCCAAGUAUGGAAUGUUUCCUCCAUCGGCGCGCAGCAGUCAAAAUCACAAGCAUUUACUCGAUUGCUUCCGAAACUGUUUAGUAAUUGGUCGCAAGUGCUUAGUUCAUUUAGAGCGGAACCCAGGUCCUUCUGUGACAGAGUGUCUUCAGAGUGGAUAUAGAUUUGUCGCUGCAGAAGGAGAAAACAUCCUCAAUUUCGAGGUCGAAGAUAACAAGAUAAUCAAGAUGGCAGCAAUAGUUAUAGAGGAGAACACAGAAUCCACGUUUAGAAACCUCAUCGCAUAUGAGCAUUGUGAUCCGAGUAAGGGCUACAACAUCACCUAUUAUGCUGCGAGAAUGUAUUGGCUGAUUAAGUCUCCCGCAGAUGCACUUCAUCUCAAAGAGACAAACAUUAUACAAAUUGGUUUGAGCAAUGAGGACAUAGCAAGUUUUCUUAACCAGGCUUUAUAAUGAUAUCUGUUGCCACGGUUUUCUCUGCACAGACCUCUGCGAACGUGAGAACAAAACAGUACCAGUAAUUCCAAGAGUCUGAUGGGUUCAAAACCGGCGGCCCCAGUUGUAGCAGAAAAGAUGUCACAACUAGCAUAGGAUAAAACGAAUAGGAUCGAGGCACGAUUAUUUUGGAGAUCCAAAGAUGUUCUUUAGCCCAUCUAUGUCUUUCCUUGCUACAAACGGUUUAUUCUGCCCUCUCCUAGCCUACUAUACAUGCGGCUGCUAGUUAGCACUUAGCCCAUAUUAAGUAAUCAUGUUUAUCUAAGCGUGUAUUUCUUUCAACAAGUGCGUUUUAGCAAGUGUGGAUCCUGCUGAUCUUUCAUGUUA